UCGCUUAUUCUGACAUUGAAACGCGGUUUAUUAAGCAGUAUAGAUGGCAACACGUCUCGUACCCGAUUUCCCCGCCGUUUUGGUCGCUUUGGAGCACAUUAAAGAGCUUGAUAAGGAGCUAAAAUACGAAGGGGUCGCGUUUUCUCCGGAGGCUAGUGUUCACUUGGCCGAGAUCACCUGCGCUAUCACAGGUUUGGAGGCAGAGAGACGGGCGGCCCACGAACAUUUGGAGGUGGCAACAAUAGAAAACAGCAAGCUUCGGCAUGAAAUGAACAACACCAGGGACCAAAUGAGCGCGGUGAUUAUGGCUGAUGUAAAUGCAGCCAGAGCAUCCAAUGCAGAGGAGAUAGAGCAAUUAAGGAAAGACCUCCACGCUGUGUCACAGAUACAAGAAGCAACUGUGAAGAAACACGAAUUGAUUGUGUCUGAAAAUGAAUUACUGUCUGUUGAGCGAGAUAAAAUGAAAGCCAAAUAUGAAGAGGUCAUUGCUGCUUUGAACAACGAACGAACGCAAAAGUACACAUUGCAAUCACAACUGGAUCAAACCAGAGAAACUAUAGAUAAUCUCAAGGCAUCCACAGCGUCAUGUGAACACAAUAUGUUGACAUUACAGCAUGAUUUGGCUUUGGAGAAAGAGGCUUUUAUUAAAUGCAGACAUGAUCUGUCUAAGGAGUUUGAGGAGAAUGAGGAGAAAAUUAACCACAAGAAGCAGGAGAUCUUAAGGAGCAAAAAAGAGCUAGAGAUGCUCAAUGAAAGUAAGAGAAAUGACAGUGAUAGCCUGGAUGAUCUAAGAAUUCAAACCAUACAAUUGGAGAGCAGCAUACAACGAUUAAAAGCAUGCAAGAGUGACUGUGAGAAAGAUUUUGAAGCAGAGAAAGAAAAAUAUAAAGUACUUACCACCCAAAAGGAAGCACUUGAAUUCCAACUGAAUGAGAUGAUCAAGGCAUUUAAUAAAGCAAUAGCAGCUCAAAGAGAGGAGAUUGCUACUAUUGAAGAAAGAAUGGUGGGUGCAAGAGCUGCCAGGGCUCAUAUACAAGAGGCCUUAGCUAAAGUAUAUGAAGUAUUCAAAGUUCAUGAUGACGAGGAGACAGAAGUGAGGACUGAGUAUGACUUUGUCUCGGGACUAAUGGAAAAAUCAAGGAUGCAGCUAGAAGAAUGCAUUGCCUCUAUAGUUAGACAUAAGAAGGAGAUAAUAGAGAUGGAAAAACAAAUUGAAGGACUUAAAGAGGAUGAUGUGAUAAACAAGAGAGUGUUUGAGAGGGACCAAAAGGAGUUCUGUGGCAGUAUAGAUGUACAAAAACAAAACACAAAAGCUUUGGAAGAUGAGCAAAGGCAAUUACAGAAGAAUUUAAAGGAGCAAAAGAACACACAAGAAGAAUAUGUUAAGAAAAUGACUGCAAAUAUCAAAUUUACAUGGAGGAGAGUGAAAGAGCUGCAAACAGAAGACGCUACACUUAAGCAAAAACAACCAAUGAGCCCAGAUGAAAUAAAACAUUAUAUUGAAAGGUGUAAGGCAGAAUAUGAACAAAUAGAGUCACUUUGUCGAGAAGAAAUCAAGCAAUGCAUGAAUGAAAUUGUAAUGAAUCAUUCUGAGGAAAAGCAAAAAGAAGUGGAGGAGAAGGAGAAAAUUUUGGAAGAGGUGGAAGCUACAUGGAGAGAUGCGGUAGCCAGGUUUGAGCAGCUAAAAAGACAGGAAGCAGAAUUUAGGAUGAAAAAGCGUGAUUUAGAGGAGUCUAUUGACAUGCUGAAGAAUGAAACCAUCAAAAUACUCAAACCAAAAGAGGAGAAGAAAGUUGAACUGGAGAGGACUCAGGCAGAACAUAUGGAUCAAGUUAGAAAACAGGCUGCUGAUAUGAAAUUCGUGGAGAUGUGCAUUUAUGACAGCAGUGUCAAACUCGAGCAAGUUCAAAUGGAGAACAGCCGUCUUCAGCUGCACAUCCGACAAAUGACAGAAGACAUGAACAAGUCUAAAGAAGAUAAGAAGAGAUACAGAGAGGAGGCUGAGCAGCUUAAACAGGACUCUAAGAUAUUGUUUAGGAGUCUGCAGGAAGCAUGGAGAGAUGAGAUAGAGCUGACCCAGGAGAGGCACUGUGUGGAUGCAGCGCUGGAGGUGCCCAUGGGUGCUCUGCAGAAUCACCUGAGAACCAGAGGGAGACACUUGGGCCACGUCCAGGCUCUGCUCCAUGAACACAUGCUGGAUUUCAGCAGGAGACUGGGAGACAAGAUCACUGUGGAGCCUCAGUCUUAA